CGCUCUGCCUCGGGGCCGCCGCCGGACGUUGCCGCCGUUGCCAAGCGAGACGCCGUAAACAACGGGGAGAGAGCGGCCGCCGCCCCGGCUGGCUGCGCCGCGGCCCUCCGCCCGGGCCCGGCACACGCCAGGGGACGGGACGGCACGGCGGAGCGGAGCUCCGCCAGCCCCGGCGCCUGGAUUCCGCGGCACCGGGCGGUUCCCGAGACCCGGGCGUGAUCCAGUUCCGGCUCCCCCCAGGUUUGGAGUACAAGUUGCAGACACCUGUGAAAGGGGUGAACACAGAAGUGGUAACAGAUUUCUUGUUGACUGUGUGAAUACUGAGUGGGGACUGCAAGGAUGGAGUCUGUCACGGAGGAGAUCCCAGUUAAAGUCGCGGUUCGAAUCAGACCUCUGCUUUCCAAAGAAGUGCUUCAUAACCACCAAGUGUGUGUGAGAUUAGUCCCAAAUACACAACAAAUUAUCAUUGGGAAAGACCGCGUCUUCACUUUUGAUUUUGUAUUUGGCAAAAACUCAACGCAAGAAGAAGUUUAUACUGUUUGCAUUAAGCCUCUUCUAGUGUCUCUGACUGAGGGAUACAAUGCUACAGUGUUUGCAUACGGACAGACAGGUUCUGGGAAGACUUACACCAUCGGAGGUGGCCACAUUGCAUCAGUUGCAGAGGAUGAAAAGGGCAUAAUCCCACGGGCUAUCCAGGAACUAUUCCAGCAUAUUUCUGAAAACUGUAAGAUAGACUUCCAUGUGAAAGUGUCUUACAUAGAGGUUUACAAGGAAGAACUUAGAGAUUUAUUGGAGUUGGAGACCUCUGUGAAAGAAUUACACAUCCGAGAAGAUGAAAAGGGCAAUACAGUGAUUGUUGGUGCUAAGGAAUUCCAAGUAGAAUGUGCAGAUGAAGUGAUAAGCCUCUUGGAAAGCGGCAACGCAGCUCGUCACACAGGCACGACACAAAUGAAUGAGCACUCCAGUCGAUCUCACGCCGUUUUUACCAUCAGUAUUUGUCAGAAACAGUUUGCAGAGUCUCAAACUAAUACUGAUGCUGCACAGGAUUCAUCUUGGAAGUCAGCCCAGAUAAUUUCUUCCAAAUUUCACUUUGUGGAUUUGGCAGGAUCGGAGAGAGUGACAAAGACUGGAAAUACCGGUGAACGCUUCAAAGAGUCAAUUCAAAUCAAUAGCGGUCUGUUGGCCUUGGGAAAUGUCAUCAGUGCUCUUGGAGACCCAAAAAGAAAAAGUGUGCAUAUUCCAUACAGGGAUGCUAAAAUCACCCGUAUUCUGAAAGACUCCCUUGGAGGAAAUGCCAAGACUGUCAUGAUAACAUGUAUAAGUCCAUCCUCGUCAGACUUUGAUGAAUCUUUAAAUUCUCUCAAAUAUGCCAACAGAGCCAGAAACAUAAGAAAUAAACCAGUUGUAAAUUACAACCCCGAUCAAGACCGGUUUGAUGAAAUGGAACUUGAAAUCAGAUUGCUUCGAGAAGCUCUGCAGAACCAGCAAGUCAGUAAUCAGUGUUCACAUGACUUGAAUCAAGAAAGAUCUCGUAUCAGUUCACUUGAGGAGCAGCUCUGCCGGCUUCAGGUUCAAUGUUUCAGUUAUAGAAAUUGUAUAGAUGAAGCCUUCCCAUUUCUGGUUGAUUUGAAUGAUGAUGUUAGCUUAAAAAGAAGUCAGCGGGAUAGGUUGCAGAGCUGGAUCGCUAUGGUGCGGGAAGUAAGGAAGGAAGAUCUCGCCAUGCAGGGAACUGACACGGGGACUGGGACCAGCCAAGAGUCACAUCACAUCACAAUCCUUCAGCUAAAGAGGGAACUAAAGAAAUGCCAGCAGGCUCUAGUUAUGGAUGAAGAAGUAUUUAGCCAGAAGGAUCACGAACUGCAGAUACUGCAGAAUCAGAUAAAGACAGUACUACAGGAAAAUAAGGAGCAACUGGAAUCUUUAAAGGAGGCUCAAGAAAUACAUAGAUUACAGAAUGAGAAAAUGGUGGAACAGCAAAUGGUUAUUGAUCAGCUAAAAGAAACAUUAGAGAAGUUUGCAGAUGUUAAAACUUUGGCCUUCUCAAAUGCUUGUGAAGAUGGGCCAGCUGUUGCGGAAUCUGCAAGGAGGCCAUACAGUGUCCCACUCACAAAGAGUCUGCUACACCCCCUUCACCCACCUUUAGGGACAGAGACCCGAAAGGUGUAUACCAGCCCCCCUGCCUUCUCCCUGGCCUGGAUAAUGGCAGAAUUCCGUGCUCGCAGCCAGAUGAUACUGAGCAACAUAGAAGAUCAGGAUAAGGUCCUUCACUGCCACCACUCUGAUCAGAGUGAUGAAGAGGAAGAAAAUACAGGCAGCAAAAAGAAAACCUCAUUUAAGAAUUCCAUAAACCGAACAUGGACACAAAAACAAGCUUCUCGAUGCUUUCUUCCUGAUCUAAGUGACAUGAAGUGUCAAGCAGACAAGUCUGAUUUAUCCAACAAAUCUGCACUACAGACUGACACAACCACAGGUGAAGAGAUUGACAGCCUCCAGAGAAGUCAUGUUUUUAACAUGCAGAAGUUAAAGAAUUCAGAGUUGAGACUCACAGAGGCCGAGCACAAAAUGAGAGAACUUGCACUUAAUAUCAGAAUGAAAGAGGAACUUAUCAAGGAAUUAGUAAGAACAGUGCUACUGAUCUCUUCGCGGACAUGUUCUUGUCAUGUGGUGUCUGGGAUAGGAGAGAAGAUACAUCACUGUGCUGGGAAUGUAAGCAUUCCCAGCACUGAAGUAGAGAAGCAGGAGUCAGAAGUGGAUGAGGGAAAAGGUAAGGAUGCUCAGUCUGUAAGCAGGCAAUAUUCUUUGAAGAUAACUAAACUGGAACAAGAAUCCAAGCAGGCCAAAAUGGAACUGGCUGAAACGCAAAAGUGGCUUCAGGAGCUAGAGAGUAAGGAGCUGAGAGACAUUCCUGAGAAAGUCACGUUACAAAAAGAGUUCCAGAAGAAGAUGGAUGCAGCUGUGUUGAAAGUGCAGGCCUUACAGAAGCAGCAGCAAGACACUAAGAAUCUGGCUUCAUUAUCUAACCAAAGCGAGAGACAAGCACUAGAACUUGAGCAGAAUGUGGCUCAGAUGAAGCAUCAGCAGACCCAGCUACAGAAGAGACUGCGUGAAGAGAGUGAAAAAAAGAAGCAACUAGAAACAGAGAUUCAACGGGACCAGGAACAAAUUAAAGAACUUCAACUGAAGAUGGAGCAACAACAGAAGAUCCUUAAACUUAAGGAUAAAGAGAUUGCUGCUUUUAAAAAGAAGAAAAAUAACUCAGUGGAGGCUUCGCAGAAACUACAGAAAUUAGAAGAGCAAAAGAAAUGGCUGGAUGAAGAAAUGGAAAGAAUUCUUCAACAGCAUGAACAGUUAGGAGAACUAGAAGAAGAUUUAAAGAAAAGAGAAGCCAUUGUAGCCAAAAAAGAAGCACUAUUGCAAGAGAAAAGCCACCUGGAAAUCAAGAAACUGAGAUCUAGCCAGGCUUUAAACAAAGAUAGUAUGAAAUUGUCUACUCGCUUAAGUAUGCUGGAUCAGGAACUGUGUGAUAAAGGUAUGCAGCUUCAGGGCAGCACCAGUGAAGAUAAGGCAGACCUUUUGGAAAAAAUUCAAAUUCUACAGACAGAAAGGGAUCUGCUGCUCAGAAGAAGAAAUAGUGUGGAUGAGAAGCUGAAAGACGGUAAAGUGUUGUCACCUGAAGAAGAACAUGUUCUUUUCCAGCUGGAAGAAGGAAUUGAAGCCCUGGAGGCUGCUAUUGAUUACAAGAAUGAAAGUAUUCAGAAUCGCCAGCACUUGCUUAGGUCAUCUUCUCAGAUUCUUUCACAGAGCGAGAAUAAUGUAAUAGGAAAACUAGUUUCCUUGUCUGCUCCAGAGCUCAGAGCUAUUCUCUUCAAAUAUUUCAACAAGAUUGUUAGCCUACGUGAGUCUGAACGUAAAUUACAACUGCAGAUUGAAGAAAAGGAAAUGAAGGUCACAGACCAGGAAAACACUAUACGUGAAUUAGAAUCUGCACUUGAACACGUCAAGUUGCAGUGUGACAGGCAGCUGACCCUACAACACAAAGAACAUGAGAAAAAACUACAGUUAAUACUGCAUCAUUUCAAAGAACAAGAUAGUGAAGGCAUUGCAGAAACCUUGAAAGGAUAUGAAGUAAAAGUCCAGCAACUGGAAAAAGACUUAUUUUUCUAUAAGAAAACCAGCAGAGAACUGAAGAAGAAAUUGAAGAGCCUCUUUGGAGAAUCAUCUCAUCAAUUACUGGCAUCCACUAAAUAUAAUAGUGCUGAUGACAAGGCAUCCAGUCAAGAUGAAGCAGAAGUUGUUUCUGAAGAAUUCAGGUCAACACUUAACCCUGAAACCAAUAAUCACCCAGGGAAAAUAGAAGAAACAGACAGAACAAGUAUUUUAAGAGCACAGCAGAAUUCAUACCAGCUUGGAGAAGAUGUUUCAGAAUUUGGGUGCAACAAAGAAUGUUUGUCGAGUACUAGUGAUGACAAAACAGGAACAGAUGAAGCUCAGCCUUUGAAAUCUCAUCCUCAGCUACCUUCUGUCAUCCAGAGACGAGAAGCUGUAACACAACUUCAGGGAGUAACUUCAGUAAAACUGUCUCGCCGAGAGCUACGUCAUAUUCCUCCCUCCGAAUUAUCUUUGCGACGCUCCAGCCUUGCAGCUGGUGUCGGUCUUAUUUCUCCAGAUUCCACCAAAAUGGACAAAAAGUCUAGAGGCCCUAAGACAUAGUUAUUCUUCAUCACAUUUUUAAUAGCUGUUGCAACUGAAACAACUUUAUUAGAUUUCUUUGUUCACGGUCUUGUUAAGUAUCAACCAUGGAUAAAUGAGUAAAUAUUCUUUAGGUCUUAUUGCUCAUUAUGUUAGGUGUUGUGUUCACACAGUUUCAGUGAACCUGAGAUGGGUUUUAAUUAAUACAGUAUCUAAGAACUUUCAUUUGAAGGCCUUUUAACAUUGAAGAAAUUACUUAUAUUGGUUUGAGGUUUUUUGCAGUAACUUUAAAUUUAUUUUUUUUUUAAUUACACUGUGAAGUGCACUGCACGUGUGUAACUUGAGUGUCAGAACAAUAUUGUUCUUCACUUUCUUGGGUCAGAAAGAGUAACAAGCUAUUUAAUGUAUUUGGAUAUAUAGCUAGAAAAUUUAGUGUCCGGACUAUCACCUAGUAUUGAUAAUGACUGGCUUCUGUACUCCUUUUAUCUAAAAAUAUUUUAUAUGAGCCAUAUUUGAGAGCAAAAUUCGCACCUAAAGAUAAAUUUGUUCCUGAAAAGGAACAUGAAAGUACUUACUUUUUAAAUUUUCUUUAUGGCCUAUUUAUUGAAUUAAGAGAAUUGCUUAUUUCACUUUCUGGUUUUGUUUGUUCGACAUUUAAAGAAUUGCACUUGGCAACUCAAAGUGUUAUAUUUAUUUCUGUACUACUAAAAUGGAAAAAAAGGAGACCAAAUUCAGCAUCCUCUUGGUAAGCCAGAUGGACCAAUAUGUUAUUUGUAGUAAUUAGUCAGAUCCUUUCAUAGACAGAUUAUUCUUCUGGAUUUUGCUUCAGAGCAAGGACUACACAUAUCCUUCAUUUUACUGCUAUGAUGUUGUUGGUAAUACAUUCAAGAUGAAAAGCACAUCUUUUUGUAAGAGGGCAGUGGUCACUGAGAAACAUACACUUAACAGCUGCACAAACUUGAAGGCAGAGGCCAGAAUGCCUGCAUUUAAAUGAGAUUAGCACUGCUAACCAAAACUCUCUCCUACAUAAGAAGUGGCAGUACUGAAAGUAAGCUUAGUUUUAUUUUAGUGGCGGACUUGAGCCAGUCAUGUUUGAAUAUGUUGUCUUAGAUUAUUAAAUGUACUUAGGAAAGGAAUUUUGCUUUCUGGUAUUGUCUAGGCAAGGUGUUUUGUAUAGCAUGUGUGGCUAUAGGUGUAGAAGAACUGCAUUUUUCCAUGCUUCAAGCACAGUUCAAAUCUGUCCACAUUAUGAAGAUGCUAUUACAGCAUGAUAAAUGGACUUCUUGUCUUGUGGCACAUUUUGAACUUUCUGAGUAGACCUCAAAAUAUUUCACUCUAAUUGGACAAACCACUUAACGUGUCAAGUGAUUAUAUCUUUCACACUUACAGCUAAUUAUUACCUAUUCAGCUGAACUGUGAGGUAAGGAUUGGAGUCUGGCUUGGCUGUUUUUAGAUUGAGCUUGAUUGUUUUUACUGCAUGGAACUAAUGUGCCUUAACUAAUGCUAAGUUUAAUAUUAGUGUAUAUAUUAUCCACCUAAUGUUUCCAAUCAAAGAGCAAUAAACAGGAACCAGUAAA